AUGCUUUCCUCACAACUUUUCGUAGAUUUUAGAACCUCUGUGAGUGUCCAUCUUCCUCCCCCAGCUCAAGCUUUGGGGCCUAUUAGCAUAACAUAUGUUAGAGUAGCAUAUAUUAUUUCUGUGAUUUGUGACUACUCUUUUGAACCCUUUUCCUGUUCCUCUUCAAAAUCAUCUCUCAUUUCCAAGACUUCUUCCCCACAACAUGACGUUUUUCAUCUCUAUUUUUCUCUCUAUCUUCGUACAUUCGGUCCAAACAGCUCAGCUAGCAACAUAGAAACUACUACUGUUUUGGUUCUUUGUCGAUCAACAAUGAAAACCCUUCAAAGAUCAACGAUCAUUUCAUCUAUAGCAGUCUAA